AAGAAGACGAUUGUGGACAAGAGUACACUUUCAGCUGCUCUACUAAAAUCUCUCAACCACUACAGAUUCCAUCAUCAUAUUAAUCAAUUCGAUACCAAAGACUACACAACUAUUUUAGUUGUAACUUCAGACAUGGCCACAGCCAGCAAUCUUCUGACUGAGGACCAGUUCCUUUGCUCUAUAUGUCUAGAUGUGUUCAGUCAACCUGUGAUAAUCCCAUGUGGACACAACUUCUGCAUGACCUGCAUUACAAAGUGUUGGGAGGGCAAAGACCUGCACCAGUGUCCCGUGUGUAAAAAAUAUUUUGAUAGGAGACCGGAUCUCUUCACCAAUACCUUUAUUUCUGAAAUGGCUGCCCAGUUCAAGAAGUCAUUUCACGUGAAAGACACAGGUUCUGAACAACGUCCGGUCAAGCCGGGUGAAGUUCCUUGUGAUGUCUGCACUGGGACGAAGCUGAAGGCACUGAAGUCCUGCCUGGUGUGUCUGAUCUCCUACUGUGAGACUCACCUGGAGCCUCAUCACAGACUGGCAGCUUUGAAGAAACACAAACUGAUCAACCCUGUGGAGAACUUGGACGAGCGGAUGUGUACGAAGCAUGACAAAGUGUUGGAGAUGUUCUGUAAAAGUGAUCAGACUUGUAUUUGUAUUCUGUGUUUGACCACUGAUCACAUGACCCACAAAACUGUCCCUGUCGACGAGGAGUAUGGAGAGAAAAUGGCCGAACUUGGAAGGAUGAUGGCCCGAGUGCAGCAGAUGGUGGAUAAGCGAUCACAAAAGGUUAAAGAGAUCAAACACUCAGUGGAUCUCAGUAAGAAACAAACUGAGGAAGUGAUAUCGGACAGCGCUGAUGUCUUCACUAGUCUGGUACGAUCCAUUGAGAAAAACCAGGCUGAUCUCACAGCGCUGAUUGAGAAAAAGCAGAAAGCACACGAGAUGCGAGCUGAAAGGCUCAUCCAGGAUCUGCAACAGGAAAUCGCUGAGCUGAAUGAGAGAAGUAUUGAUCUGGAGCAGCUCUCACACACUGAGGACCACCUCCACCUGCUCCAGAGCUUCCCAUCCCUGAGCAGCCCUCCACACACCAAGGACUGGUCUGAGAUCAGUGUCCACAGUGAUCUGUGCGUUGUGGGGACCCUUAGAAGAGCUUUGUCUGAACUAAAAGAGAGACUGAGUAAAGAGAUAGAUACAGAAACUAAAAGGUUGUGUGAAGUCGAGUUGAAAACUAUGCAGAAGUGCUCAGUGGACUUGACUUUUGACCCUGAAACAGUCAGUGCUUCAAUUGUCUUAUCUGAGAAUUGUAAGCAAGCCAGAACGGCAACAACAAAACAGGUUUGUCCUGACAACCCAAAAAGGUUUGAUUAUUGUCUUGGUGUAUUAGCAAACCAGGGCUUUACAUCAGGGAGAUCUUACUAUGAGGUCCAGGUUAAGAACAAAACAGACUGGAUCAUAGGAGUGGCAAAGGAAUCAGUCAAUAGGAAGGAUGCAGUUAAACUGAGACCUGAUCUUGGAUUCUGGACUAUAUGACUACAGGAAAACAGGUUUUGUGCUUUCACAAAACCCCCUGUCUCACUUCCUGUUGAGAAGCCAGAGAGGGUGGGGGUGUUUGUUGAUUAUGAAGAGGGUCAGGUGACCUUUUAUGACGUUGAGGCUGGAAGUCACAUCUACUCUUUCAUGAACUGUAGAUUCACUGAAAGAAUCUAUCCAUACUUAUCCCCUCAUCUGAAUAGAAAGGGUGAAAACGCUGCCCCUCUGAUCAUCUCUCCUGUUAUCACACACAGUUAGUUUUAGCCAUAUACAUUAUUUUAUGUCUUUAUAGCUUCAUAGCAUGACAAUCCUCUGCUUUAGCAACAGUAUGAUGUAACGGUAUGAUACCAUAUUGUUUUAGAUGUUUUCACAGCAAAAAUGUUAUUUCGGCCCAAACCAAAAGAU